CAGUUUAUAUGAAAUCGGAAGUGUUUAGGUUUGUUAUUUAGCCUGAAGAAACGGGUUCGUGUUGGUAAAGUUGGCAGUAUUUAAAAGCAACCUGAAAACAAAGUCUGAUGACAGUGCUUUAAUUUUGUUUUAAUGUGUUUAGCGCACAUCGCAUAGAUUAGCCUAGUUUCGAUUUCCUUGGAUUUCGUGGAAACAGGAACCAACAUAAACGACAGAGCCAUGGACAAUGGAUUGUACUUGCCAGCAAAAAUACAAGAGGAUCAUUUCAACAAAAUCAAAGAUUUGUUUGCCUCGGAAAGACCUGAAGAAAUUCCCCACCGGCUUAUGUCUCUGUUGGAGGUUUUUGACCAUUUUAAGAUAGACAUCGCUGUGACUGGAGAGUCUGGUGCAGGAAAGUCUUCUCUUAUCAAUGCGAUCCUCAGAUUGAAUCCUGAUGACACAGGGGCUGCUCCAACCGGAGCUGUGGAAACCACAAAGAACGCAACCAUGUAUCAGAAUCCAAAUCUCCCACACAUCAGACUGUGGGAUCUUCCAGGGAUGGGCACCCCUUCCUUUGCAUCCAAGAGUUAUGUAACGACAAUGAACUUUGACCUGUAUGACAUGUUCAUGGUUGUGAUGUCAGAGAGAGUCAGAGAAAACAACAUGCUGUUGAUUGAUGAAAUAGAGCAACGGAAGAAGCCAUUUUAUUUCAUUAGAACAAAAAUUGAUAAUGAUCUGCGUAGAAAGAAAAGCAAAUUCUCCCAGAUAAGUGCACUGGAUCAAAUGAGACAAGACUGUGAGAAAUAUCUGAAAGAGAAGAAACUGGACCCCCAUGUGUUCCUAGUGUCAUCCCAUGAGACAGAAAAGUAUGAGAUGCAGAAGCUCAUGGACACUUUUAAGGAUGAUGUUUUUCAAUUUAGAGCACAGUUAUUUUCAGAUUUUCUGGACAAGAUGUUGCAUGGAGGAUGGAUAAAGGCUAGGUAUGCUACCAAUCACAUCCAACAGACUGGGAAACUUGAAACAGAGGACAUCACAGCAUUGCAGGAUAUGUAUAAGCGCACAGGCUUUGGAGCUGCGAAAGUCAGUGUUGUUCUGGAGGCUUUGAGUCACUUUCAGCUAGAUGUGGCAGUUUUGGGUGAGACAGGCUCUGGAGUGUCCAGUUUGGUAAAUGCCUUAAUUGGGCUGAAGAAUGAAGAGUGUGGUGCGGCUUCAGUGUCCGUCAGCAACCCAGCAAUGAGUCUGGGAUACCCAGAUGUCCGGUUCUGGGACAUAUCUGGCAUAGAGGGAGUCAUUGAUUACUCAAUGUAUGAGAUGAAACAACACCUGAAUUGUUAUGACUUCUAUAUCAUCAUUGUAUCAGACUGGCAGAAAGCACGGCAUUUAAAACUAGCCAAAGCAGUUGAAGAAUUAAGGAAGCAUUACCUCUUGGUCCAGACAAAAAUUGACUGUCAUCUACAGACUCAAAGUGACUUGUGCUGUGGUGAGACUGAGAUACCUGAUGGGCUUCGUGCACAAUAUAGCCAGAAGCUUCAGAUGGCCAAACUGUCUGCUCAGCAGAUGUUUCUCAUCAACAGUCUUGACAGAUGUGCAUUUGACUUUGUAGGUUUGGAAACUGCACUCUCCAGUGACCUCAACACUGUCAGGACAAGUGCUUUUGCAUAUUAUAUAUCAAAAACAGUAAGGAAAUAUAAAUAAAUUUUUUUUAGCUAAAAAUGUAAGAUAUGAUGCAGACUUCCGUUUAAUUUACCAUUAAUUAUUCAAGCUUAUUAUAGCAUAACUGCUGUUUUCAACUGGUGUGCAAUAUAAUAUAUUAAUAGAAUUAACAAAUAAUCUUUAAUUGUUUAUUAUACUGUAUAAUUCUGUAUUUUUUGUCUGUGACAGAUCUCUUUGAAAUAUAAAAAGAAAACGUUAGCAAGGCACCACGUUUUGCUAAGAUUGCUUUGUCCUAAUUAUUGCAAAAGAAUAGAAGAUACACAGUUGGGAAACAGAAAAUUAUUUGUAGAAUUUGUUCUGCAGUAAAAAACGUGAGCUGUUGAUCUCAAUAUACUGUUGUAAUAUAUGUUUGUAUUAAUUGCAAUAACUGCAGUUUUCACAGUUAGGACUAUUUCUUGUUUAUUAAAAUGUUUAUGAAAAAUA